AUGGCGCCGACCAAGCUGACCGACCGCGCUCCGCCGACCGUCGUUCCCAACGGCGCCCCGCCGCUGAGAGCUUCCAGGCUGCCAGCGCACCUCCGCUUGCCCAUCCUCCUCGUGCUCAACCUGGGCCUGCAAUCCGUUCUGUGGACUUUUACAAACAAUCUGCUUGGAAAUGAGCUCGGAGCAGUCAGCAAGAAGCCGGGCGAGAACGACCUGGUCACGCCCGCGGCGCGUCUCGGGUACAAGAUGCUCGUCAUCUGGCUGGGUUGGCGACUGAAGUAUGAUUUCUUCGAUAUCGGGGCGCUCACGGCCAUCACGAACGCGCCUUUCGCCUACCUCCUCAUGACCUACUACCAGAUAACUCCGCUUACGGCCUCUGCACUCGUAGCCAACGAGGUUCUCUCCAUCGCAAUCCCGACGUACCUCCUGCGCCCGGUCUCGGCCGUCCACAACCCGAAUGCGCCGCUGCGAAACCGCUACCUGCUCAACAGCUUCCAGGUCCAGCUCUCCAACAACCUGCUAGCGAUCGGCGUGUACGUCGUGGUCAUGUUCUGCGCUCUCAAGACCAGCCAGCUGAACCUCUUCCUGAUCACACACUUCGAUCUCCCCACACUUGAAGACGCACAUAGGGAAACGCCUUUCAUGCUAAUCGCUAAGGUUGCAAUUGCAGCAUAUGCCACCCGGGCCUUCCUUCUCGACCCUUCAAUUGGCGCACAGCCCGCUUCCGGUGAUGCGACGCCCAUUGAAGCCUUCGAUCCCGCCACCGCUACUCUUCCGCAGACCGUAAAGCACAAUUUCUGGUUCUUCAGCAGGCGCACGAGGACGCUCAUCCAGCAGACGGCUAUUCUGAGCGUGUUCCUCUCUGCGAAUACAGUGCAGCGCUGUCUAUCCCUUCGCGGUGCGGACUCUCUUGGCGCAGCGGGGUAUGCGGGCGUCUGGGUUCUGGCAAAUGUCAUAUGCGCGGCAUGGUGGGUCUGGGUCGGUGACGCCGAAGCAUGA